AUGUCAGAGUUAGCACCGCGCUCUUCCGGUCUUUACAGUCCUGUAGCUAAGCUAGCUGAACACACGGGAUGCCGUCGAUCGAGUUCGACGACUCCAAGCCCAGCUGGGCCGACCAAGUAGAAGAGGAAGUAGAUGAAGGAACGCUUCCACCUCCCAAGGAAACCAUCAAAGGAAACAUCAAAACUCUUACAGAGUAUAAAAUCGACGACGAUGGAAAGAAGUUUAAGAUUGUGCGGACGAUCAAGAUAGAGACCAGGAAAGCCUCCAAAGCUGUGGCGAGAAGAAAGAACUGGAAGAAAUUCGGCAACUCGGAGUUCGACGCCCCGGGUCCAAAUGUGGCCACCACCACCGUCAGUGAUGACGUCUUCAUGACGUUCAUCUCUAGCAAAGAGGAUCUGAAUGCCCAAGACCAAGAUGAGGACCCAAUGAACAAGCUGAAAGGACAGAAGAUCGUGUCUUGUCGUAUCUGCAAAGGCGACCAUUGGACCACCCGCUGUCCCUACAAAGACACCCUGGGCCCCAUGCAGAAGGAGCUGGCCGAGCAGCUCGGCCUGUCUACCUCCGACAAGGACAAGCCUCCCGGCUCAGCCGAGCCAGAGCCCGCGCAGCCCGCACAGAGCAAGACUGGCAAAUACGUGCCCCCCAGCCUGAGGGACGGGAGUACACGCAGAGGCGAGUCCAUGCAGCCCAACCGCAGAGCCGACGACAACGCCACCAUCCGUGUUACCAACCUGUCGGAGGAUACACGCGAGACCGAUCUGCAGGAGCUCUUCAGACCCUUCGGCGCCAUCUCCAGAAUCUACCUGGCCAAAGACAAGAACACCGGGCAGUCCAAGGGCUUCGCUUUCAUCAGUUUUGUCCGUCGCGAGGAUGCUGCCAGAGCCAUUGUGGCCGUGUCAGGAUUUGGAUAUGAUCAUCUUAUUCUCAACGUUGAAUGGGCCAAACCAUCAAACAACUGAGGACUUCAGGAUAUUCCAUCACAAGGCCAUGUUUUGUCACUGUGCUCAAAUAUGGCUGGUUACCUAAAUAAAGAUCAUUGUUAUCACUUUUUGUGAAA